UAGAUAUCAAAAAUCAAAACAAAAAGUAGCUCAUAACCAAAUCCUAGGACUAGGAGCAUCCUCAAUCCCUUUGGAUGCUGGAUUUCAUACCCAACAGAAGCAGCUGUGGGUGGGCCACGUCAGCUAUGACAACUGCAUUAUUUGCAUCAUCAUCUCCAAAGAUUGCAACCUUUCUUUCAACAUCUUCUUCUUCUUCUUCUCUCCAUUUCAACACACGUUUUUACUCUCUUCCAACAACUUCAUCUUUCUCUCCCAUUAUCACUACUACAACCAGAAAAUCCAUAUAUUUUCAAAGGAAGUCCAAACUAUGGCCAAAUCCUGUUGCUGCUACAGCUGUUGAAGAUGCUGCCAUUGAUGCUUCGGAGCAAUUGGCCUCAUCAACUGCCACUGAUGAUGGGGUAUCUAUUAUCGUAUCAGCUCUUUUCUUCAUUGCUUUCAUUGGCUUAUCCGUUAUCACUAUUGGGGUUAUCUAUUUAGCAGUAACAGAUUUCUUGACAAAGAGAGAGAAGGAGAAAUUUGAGAAAGAAGAAGCAGCUAGCGGAAAGAAGAAAAGGAAAAGGAAAGUGGUUAGGGCAGGACCUAAAGGGUUUGGUCAAAAGAUUGUUCAAACGGAAGAUGAUGAUUGAUUAGGUCCUCCGAUGCAUUUUUGCAUUGAAAUCAGAUCUAUUUUACUUGAACCUUUUUUUCCCCCGAUUGUUUAGAAAGUUGUGUAGUCAUCACAAUGUUUUAACAAAGAGAAGCAAGGGAAUUAGUGUGAAUGAAUACAACUACUGCUUUGCCACACACAUUUUUAUUCAUUAUUAUUUGAAUUUUGAUGAAUCAUGA